AUGUCUAGAAGACAUGCGCUCUUCUCUGAAGCAACUCGCAUAACUAAGCAAGACAACAGCAGCACGAGCAGCAGCAGCAGAAACAGCAGCAGCAACAGCAGCAGCAGCCACAACAGCAGCAGCAGCAGCAGCAGCAGCAGCAGCAGCAGCUAUCGGCUCCGUACCAAAGACACACGACGACCACCAGAAACACCUGCAGCAGCAACAGCAACAGCAACAGCAGCAACAGCAGCAGCAGCAGCCACAGCCACAACAGCAGCUGCUGCUGCAGCUCUCCGCUAUGAGCAUGCGCUAAGGAGAAGGGGACAUUCCUCCCUGCAGCUGGUAGUGCUGCUGCUGCUGCCGCUAUUGCUGCUGCUGCUGCUGCAGCUUCCUGCUGCUGCUGACGCCAAGUGUCUUGCUGCUAACAGCAGACCUUUUGCUGCUGCUUUGUGUAGUUCCCCUGUUGCCUUCCAGUCUACUGGCCUUAGCUGCAGCAGCAGCAGCAACAACAGCAGCAGCAGCAACAACAGCACCAGCAGCAGCAGGUGGAGGAAAUGGGCCUUGAGGAGUGUCUCCUCUCCGCCUCCUGAUGGCAAGGAAACUCCUGCAGCAGCAGCUGCUGCAGCAGCAGCAACUGCUGCUGCUGCUGCUGCUGUUCAGAGAGCAGCAGCACCUGCUGCUAGUACAGCAGAGACUCCAACUACCCCAGCAGCGCCAGCCGCCGCAGCAGCAGCUGCUGCAGCAGCUGCAGCAGCAGCAGCAGCAAGGGGAGGCAUUACUUUAAGUACUUUGCCUUUUACUCCCUCUUGCAUGCCUAUGCAGCAACUGCAGCAGCAGCAGCAGCAGCAGCAGCAACAAUUGCUUGAGCGGCGAUCCCUUCCUCCUCUUUUCCCAGGCAGCAGCAACUAUCUCUUCCGCAGCAGCAGCAACAGCAACAGCAACAGCAGCAGCAGCAGCAGCAGCAGCAGCAGGUUGCCUG